GGCUGUUUACAAUGUGAGGAAAUGACGUCGCAAUGUUGUGAAUUGCUAAUAAGCUUGCAUACACACUCAGAACCAAUUUGACUCCAUCAUCCUGAACUGAAUCCCACCUCAGGAAUAAUUUUGAGUCAACGUAAGAGCCAUUCAUGUCCUAACACAUUUGGACACAAAACCACCAUGGACCUCCACAAAAUCAUCCACGGUGCGUUGCAGGACUUCUUACUGACUUACAUCCCUGAUGCAGAUCUCAGCACUUUGGAUGAUGUCCUCCUGUCAUACAUCACCGGAGUUCUGGAAGAUCUCGGCUCACAGCAGAGUGUGGAGGAGAACUUUGAUGUGGAGGUCUUUGCCGAGAUGCUGGAGGCAUACAUACCGGGUUUUGCUGAAAUUGAUAGUGUCAAAGUGUGUGAAAUGAUGUUCAGCCUGGCAUCCACGCUUACCAAAGCUCGAACCUCAGCGGACGGAGAAAACAACAUGGUUAAGCCGCAAGACGCCUCCUUGAAAAUUGCAGCUCGCCUACUGAGUGAACCGCAGACUGGCAGGGACAUGCAGCGCUUACAAACACAGACAGAGGGCGCCACCGCUGAACUAGCAGCAUCAGAACUGGAAAUCCAGGAGCAGCAUCUUUUGGAAAUGUUCCCAAAGUGCAGCCUCUCCGAGGCCCGCAGUGCUCUAUCUAUCGCCAAAGGAGACAUGGAGGAAGCCGUACGCCUCAUCAUCGAAGGCGACGUCCAACUCAGCCCUACGCCGCUCAACGUAAAUCAAGGGAAGAAUAUCUCCCCUGUGGCAGAUCAAAAACUGAAAGAAAGCAUCCUUGAGAAAUACAUGCUCGUCGAUAACGAAGAGGACAAGAAAACGCAUCGACCCGUCGCCCCUAAAGAGGCCCCCAAGAAGCUGGUUCGCUACCACGGCAACCAGGUGGUGAGCACCAAAGGAGAACGCUAUCAGGUGGUGAAGAAAAAUGAAACUGACGACAUGAAGAAGACGUAUGUCAACCUCAAGCCGGCGCGCAAAUACCGAUUUCAUUGACAACACAGUCGUCUUUUAUUUAUAUCAUUACUCUGGUUUGGAUUUUUUUUCCAAAGCUUGUGAGCUUUUUCUUAUUGAUAUUUUCAUGGUUUCCACAUUUGUUUUUGGAUAUAUUUCAUGUUUUCAUUUUGGUCGUGAUUUUGUUUUAAGUGCUCUUUUUGUACAUUGUUUAUUGUCCUUUGUGGUGUUGAAAUGAAAGAACAGUAUCCCUUCACUAAUUCUAAAAGUGUUGCUUUGGCACUAUUUUAUCAGGAAUUAUAGGUCAUUUGUGGGGAUAACUGUAUCGAAAUUUAUGUCAACUUCUAGCGGUGCUUUAUAUAUUUUCUUAUGUCAACUGCUUGUACAAUAUGAGAACUCUUUUUAUUUCGUAUUUUAUUUGGGUUUUUUUGCCAUGCCGUCAAGACUGAUUUAUGAUCGUUUGCACUGUGGUUUCUCCUCCAGAUAAUGCGACGUACUGUCCAGAUAUUAUUUUAUAGUAUAUUAAAACUAGUGUUUCUGAGUAAUUACAUAUUUUAGAUUUGUGGGUAUAUUUAAGAUUAGAUCCCAUUUUUUCUAUUACUGUCACAUCAUUUACAUCAAAGAGCUGUGUCUGUAUAAGCUAAACAUUUGUAUCAUUUCAAAUGGAAAAAUAGGAAAGAGAUUUAAACUUACAAUUGGGAAAAACAUGCAAGUCAAAAUUGUGAUUUUGUCCAAAGGAAAAAAACAUUUUGGAUUUAAGAGUCACAAAUUUGGAGAUACAUGUUUUUAUUGGACAAUAUGCUUGAUUGACAAACAUAGUAACAUUUAGCAACUUAGUUGUGUACAGCAGUGCCUUGAGAUAAGAGUUCAUUUUGUAACCAUGCUUCUAACUCAAAACUAGGGCGAUCCGUCAAAAGAAAAACUUCUUUUAUAUCGUCUGAUCUGUAUUAUAAUUAGCUUUUUUUUAACUUGAUUUAUUGUUCAAAGACAAAAGGUCAACUGAUUGGCUGUUGCCAUACACAUUUGUGUAACAUUUGACCGCAGAUCACCAAAACCAACCUCAAAUUUUUCACAAUCAACAAUCCCAGUCAUAUAAUCGUCCUGCCCGAUUGGAAAUACUCUCAAAGCAGUUUUCUUUUUAAAAUUAAUGGUGACAUUUUCCAUUCCAACCUUCUUAAACUCUUCAAUCAGGUCACAUCUCAAAGCCCCACUGUACUCAUCACAUUGCAGAGUAUCAUGAAAUCUUGGGUUUUGUGAAUUUGGUGUGUUUUUUUUUUUUUUUUUAACCAUUAGGAGUGAGCUCUAAAGUUCCACACUGGUCAAUUGUGUGUAUCUACUGCAUACUCUUUCAUUCAUAACUGAGUGAUUAUACAGCAACAGUGGUGUCUGUGACUGAUAUGAUGAUCGGUAUUACUGUAACGCGUGCCGUGGCUGUUGACUGAACUUGUAACCCUCUUGCUUUGACGAAAACGCACAAUUUAUAGUAAAGACUA